UUCCCAGAGCCCCCGUGGAAAAGGCAGCCGAGAGGAAGAGAAACUGAGGGGGGUUAAAGAGGGACGAAAGCGGCAGAAAGGAAAAAAGAAGACUUCCACACGCAAGGCGCAGCUAGCGGACCUCUUGCCCAGACAUGCAGACACAGCGGGGCUGGACUGCAGUGGUCAUAAUGGCCUUCCUGGUUCUGACAGCGGUCCUGGCUGAGGCGGGAAAAGCAGAGAAAGCAGGAAAGAAGGAGCGCAAAUCAGACUGCGGAGAGUGGCAGUGGAGUGUGUGCGUGGCCCACGAGGGUGACUGUGGCGCGGGCACCCGGGAGGGCACGCGCAGCGGCACCAACUGUAAGCAGACCGUCAAGACCCAGCGCUGCAAGAUCCCCUGCGACUGGAAGAAGCAGUUCGGGGGCGAAUGCAAGUAUGAUUUUGAGGCGUGGGGGGAGUGCGACGUGGCGACGGGAGAGAAGAGCCGCAUGGGGACGCUGAAGAGGGCCCUCAUAGACGCCACCUGCCCCCCCACCGUCACAGUGACCAAACCCUGCGGAAAGGCGAAGGCCAAGACACAAGACUCCAAGAAGCCAAAGCGGGUGGGACGGAAGAAGGACCGCGUGCCGGUGGAGUAGAAGUGUGACAUCAGCAGCGAGGCGUAGCCUCCCCCUCCCUCGCCACAUCCCGAGCCCCGCAGCCUCGCUCACGCGCAUCACCAGCCAGGAGGGAGAGAGGCAGCGGGGAGGAGGGGGGUGUUUUAAUGAAAGAAUAUGAUGUGUUUUGUUUGUUCUCUGAUAGGAAACAGCUGUAGCGCAUUUUAGGUGCUUUGUAACUGAACCAUAUAAAGACUACAAAAGGGAGUCGGUUUCUACUAAACUAGUUUUAUUAGAAUUUUGCAGUAACUCCAGUCUUGUAAAUUAUGUAAAGAAUAGAUACCAAACUGCAAUCCUGCUCCACAUAGGUGCUGGAGCCUCUCAGUAAUCAGACACAAAACUCAUUAAUUUUUGUGCAUUUUCAGCUGCGCUGUCUGACCUGCCAGAAGAAAAUAAAUCCCUGGAUUUUUCGUUUAGCCACACUCAUCGCCGUACUGGAGCUAUACGCUAUUCUAAACCGUUAACUCAGGAGUUUCCGAAAAGCUUUUCCUUUUUUUUUCUCCCGAAGACUGGCGAUGUCACGCAUCUCCACACUGCCGGUGGCGCGUCUCGAUAUGUCGGCUCCCGAGCUUUCGAGUGCAACCUGAAAUCCCCAAGCCAUAUUCUCCACGCCCGCCGGUAUAACGUAUACCAGUCAGUGACUUCCUCUACAUCCUCUACACAGUUUCUGACAACGGGGUGUCAUUCUGACAAUGGACAAGAAAUGAAUUCUCUCACAUGCGAUGGACGAUUAUACUUAGGUUGGUUAUAAUUACCUUGCUGUUAGUUAUUUCUUUAGCUGGCUUUUAGGAAAAAAAAUGUUAAAAUCUGCAAAAUAAAUGACAAUAUUAAGUAAUUUUUUUUUAAUGAUGUAACCGUCCUAUGGGUUGGUCUGACUCAUGGUUUCAUAAAUAAAGUUUCACACUUCAAAGGCUCACCUCUUCUGACUGCACAUGGACCCUAAUGGAUGGCUGCAUCCGAAAUGGCCUCCUUUUUACUUAGCCUUUGUAGCCCCUGAAACACACCACCUCAUCUACCACUGAUAUAUCUAAAACAGGCAGGCCAGACAUUCACCUGGAGGUUAUAUCUGCUUUCUGAUUUAAAUUUCCUUUUUUGUUAAUAAAGUUGGUCAUGAAGUACA